AUGCCUUCCAGGAUGCGUGCACUCUCCAGCUUCUCCUCCCGAACAAGCAAACGGCGCAGUCUACUCCGUCGCAAACGCAAACCCCGGAUAAACUCAAAUACUUCAUCAACGGACUCUUCAGCGGACAUCGCUGUCAGCGGCUCGGGACACGCAGAAGCAGCACUCACGUCCCUGUUCGCAGCAACCUCACUCACCCGAGUUUCCUCGAGAAACUUUGAUAUCGUCAAAAAGAUGACCCAAAAGAACAGCAUUCCCGAUUCCUUUAGCGAGACAACGCCGGCUACCUUUGCCGGCAGUCUGGGUACAACCGAUAUCAACAGCAUCGACAAAACAACAACAAGCAAGGCUGUGACGGCCGAAAAACUGUCAGAUCUGCCCCCACCAGCCCAGAUAGAAUAUGGAGUGCUACGCGAGCAAUGCCCUAGCUUGCCUGCAGACCCAGGUCUACAUGCUGGCAUCCUGCUCCUUGUAACUGACUGCGCCGGCGAGGUGAAGCUUGGAAAAUGUGAUGGAGAGCCCGGAUGCGAGACUCCCUCUAAGCUGGGCAGUUUGAAGAGAAGGGCGAAUACAAAUUUUGGGGACUAG